UCAUGCCCGGAGAUCUCAUCCCUGCCCUAGGAAACCUACGCGUCGUCAUCAGCCUCAAAACAAAUAACAGUCAGGUCAACCUAGAGAUAAAAUCCUGCUGCCUCUCGCCUACUGGCAGACUAGAUGAAUUUAACAACACCACCUGCUGCAUUUUUUCCAGGCUGCCUACAGAACCUCAUGGCAUUAGACUGCUUCCUAGCGUCCUGUCAAAGAGGGCUAGCUUCACCAUCAGUCUUUUCCAGAUGAUCAAUUACUCCACUGCUUACCUGCACUGUGACCUGAGUGUGUGCUUGAGGAACCAUUCUGAGUGCGAGAGGCAGUGUAUGCAGCAUCGAAAUGCACGUCUCGGAGAGGAAUCGAGGGCCAUCUUCAGCAGCACAGGAAACCGCAUUUCUUUCGGCCCUGUUUUGAAAGGAGCAGACAAUUCAUCAGCCUCUGAAACAGCUGAUGACCCCGAAGCCAUGGUGGUGAUUAUCAGCUCAGUGGCCGGCUGUUUGCUGGCGUGUUUGGCUCUCUUGCUUGUCUGGAUUGGGAACAGACGUUGUUUGCAAAGGUCUGUCUACUGCUGGUCCAAGGGCCGUUGUGAAUGCUAACAGAACAGAGCUCACUGCAAGCCAGCCAACCGGAUCUGCAACGAGCAAUCAAAUCAUUAUCUGACAGUUUUUGAAUUGCUCAUCAUUAUGUUUAGUUGCACUGGGAAACUAAUGAAACUUUUAAC